GCCAAACACCGCAGCGUCACUGUUGCCAUAGCAGCGGCGCCUCGCAAUGUCUGCUAAGCUAUUUCCAGUAUUUUGGAAUAUUUUCAUUUCAAUAGUGGCAAAAAACGUCAGAACCUAUCGAUAAAACUGGGUGCAAAUAGGAGCUGUAAUAAAGUGGUAACUCGAAACGGGAACUGGGAACAGGAGAAUCAACACUUAAUGGAUGUCACACCAUGUAGUGAAUGAACAAAACUGUCCUGUAAAUCGCAAUGGAAAAAUAUGAAAAGCUGGCCAAGAUCGGUGAAGGAUCUUAUGGUGUUGUAUUCAGAUGCAGAAACAAAGAUACUGGUCAGAUUGUGGCUAUUAAAAAAUUUGUGGAAUCUGAGGAUGAUCCACUUAUUAAGAAAAUUGCUUUAAGAGAAAUACGCAUGUUAAAGCAACUGAAACACAGUAACCUUGUCAACCUGUUAGAAGUGUUUAGAAGAAAACGGAAACUGCACUUGGUCUUUGAGUUUUGUGAUCACACAUUAUUAAAUGAACUGGAAAGAUACCCACGAGGAGUUCCAGAAUCCAUGGUUAAAAACAUUCUGUGGCAGAUUCUUCAAGCAGUCAGUUUUUGUCACAAACACAAUUGUAUACACAGGGAUGUGAAGCCAGAAAACAUUCUGAUUACUAAACAAGGUGUUGUCAAGUUGUGUGACUUUGGAUUUGCACGUUUACUAAAUCCAGGAGAAGACUAUACUGACUAUGUUGCUACCCGCUGGUACAGGGCGCCUGAACUGCUUGUUGGUGAUACACAAUAUGGGGCUGCUGUUGAUGUCUGGGCUGUUGGAUGUGUCUUUGCAGAAAUGUUAUCUGGACAAGCACUGUGGCCUGGAAAAUCAGAUGUUGACCAGCUGUACCUGAUAAUCCGAACUUUAGGAAAUCUAAUUCCAAGACACCAACAUAUCUUCAGGAGUAAUCAGUUCUUUCAUGGAGUCAGCAUUCCUAAACCGGAACCAGAAGAUAUGGAGCCCUUAGAAGAAAAGUUCCCAGCCAUUCAUUCUGCAGCUCUGAGCUUUAUGAAGGGUUGUUUAAAAAUGGAUCCAGAUAACAGGCUAACCUGUGAAGGGUUACUUGAACACUCAUACUUUGAUUCAUUUCGUGAAGAGCAGGAAAAAAUUAAAACACGUCACGAAGGCAGAAACAGACGGAAACAGCAGAAUCAGCUUUUACCGCAGAUAACAUCCACUAAUGCUAUAUCUCCAGUUCCUGAUGGGAAAAAGCAAGCCCGCCUGGAAAGAUUUGAUCAUCUACCAAACAUCUAAGAAAUGUCACUGCUGCUUUUCUUUCUGCCCAUAAACAUAUUAUCUCUGCAUGUUGCUUGGACUGGGUCUUCAGGGCAUUCACCAACAAUAUCCGGAGUCCCAAAAUAACUUGUUUCAUACAACAUUAUGUGAUACAGUAUUGAAUAUACUACACUUUCCUUAUAGUUUACAGAGAUGUUCUUACAUAAAAGAUGUUUCUAUGUAUGACUGACUUAAAUUCUGUAAUGCAUUACAUUUGCAUUUUUAAAGCAGCAACAUUAUGUAAACCACAGUGUUUGUUUACAUUGUCAGUACAUCCAUAUAUAAAUAUUAUUCAUUUACAUUAUGCUUAAUAAAUAGUUAUUUGUAACA